AUGGCGUCGGCGAAAAUCCUAGUGCGGGCUGGCUCCUCCCUCCUCGGCCGCCUCCUCGCCUCCCCGCCUCCGUCUCUUCUGCGGACCGGAUUUCCUCUUCCGUCGCUACUCCAUAGGAUCCAGCCGCACGUCCCGCCGCCGGCGGCGUCGGUGGACGCACACGAUGCGGAGGUGGUCGCGAGACUAACUUCGCUCCCCGUGGAGAUCUCCUUCCCCUGCGGCCUCCCCUCUCUCCGGUUCCUCAUUGACGAUGGAAUUGAUCCUGUUGCUAAUGAACCCCUUGAGUUACUUCCCAAAAGGACUUACCAACCCAGCACCAUCAAGCGGAAACGAACCCAUGGAUUUCGUGCACGCAAAUCAACCACUGGUGGGCGUAAGGUGAUUGCUCGGAGAAUCGCUAAAGGAAGGCACAAAAUUUCAUGGUAA